AAGAUCGCAAAUCCAAAAAACUAAAAAUGAAAGAAAAUAUUUAUAAAUUCAUUGAUUCUUUGAGUCAACAAGAAUUAAUAGAGGUUAGAAAUUAUAUAGACUCAAUUACUCCCAACCGGCAAAGCGUUACUGAAAAAAAGCUCGAUAAAUUAAUAGAUAAAAUUAAAAGCUUACCAGACCAACAAAUCUUGAGAAUUGAACAUUUACUUAGAUCUUUCCGUAUGAAAAUUGUAAGAGCCGAGGAAACGAAAAAAAAAAAAACUUCUAAAAUUCAAUCUAUUACUCAUAAGAAAAUUACACCAAGUCAGUUUAAUGUGGCAGCAAAAAAAAUAAUUAAACAAAAUAAAAAAGAAUACUCAGCUAAAUUUGUCAAGCUCGCCACAGAUAUAAGUAACGUCGGGACCGUCUCGCUUUCAGCAGCAACGGAAUGUACUAAUAAGAUGAUAACUUUCUUUACUGGUGAAACACUAGAUAAAAAGUUAUCAAUAGGAACUCUUUCUCGGUGGAAUAGGGAAAUUUCUACUAUAUCGCUUGAGCAAAAUCGGCCAAGAGCUUCGCAACUACCUUCCUAUUCAUAUGGUGUAAUGGCAGAUGAAAGUACAAGAGGAGAUAAGAAAGUUUUUUUGGUUUGUUUUUUGCAUUGGAGUGAACAAUAUAAUAAACCAAUGGCUACACUUGCAAAAAUGGUAGAUUUAAAUAGAUGUAAUGGAGCCAUUGUAGCCAAAACAGUAAAAGAAACAUUAAGGCUUGAUCGUGAAGAUUUAUUAGCAAUUCGCAAGGAGAAACGAAGUAACAUAGUUAACAAGGCAGAAAUAGAACUUGGAGAGACGGCUGCUAAAGUUAUUUUAGAUGAGUUAUUGAAAAAAAAAAA